AGUGAGGUCGUCUCCUGUAAAUAAUAUAUCUCACAAUUGUACUGAUACUCUGUAUUUCCUCACGUAUUUUCAUUGGAGAAAGUAUUUAUGUAAAUACUAACAGUGCAGUGAAGAGGAUGGCAGUCCCCUGCCAGCCUGCUGCUAUCGUUCAGCGCGUUAAGCUAACUUUAGCGUGAUACUGGCAGGUUUGGACGCUAGCAUUAGCUAGCCUUUUAGCUAAUCAGAGGUUAUUACAGGAGGAAUUAAGCUUGUAUUCAGGGCCUGUAUCCUUUCGAGGUGGAUAUUUAAAAUGACAGUCAACUGUGGUGUGUAACUGACGUGGCGCAUAUCAAAGCAGACCAGAGGUCAAGCUUGCCUUGAUGUUGGACCGUCCGCCUAGCAUGCAGCCAUGAGCUCUGUUUUGUGGAGCCAGGAGAAGCCCAGUGGGGGCUUCAGGGACGACUGGCGCUUCUAUAUGGUCAUAAAGGAGUGUACAGUGGAGAAGCCUCCCCAGAAGACUCUGAGGAUCCCCCGUGGCAGUCUUGGUCAGGCAUGCCAGGAACGCAAUAGCCUGGGACGAACACUCCCUCCAUGCAAAGGCAAGAAGAGUCUCCGCAUCCUGGACCAGACUAACGUGGUUCUGAGCCUGGAUGAGCGGGAUGUCCUUGAACUGGAUGAGAAGUUGGCUGAGCUACUGUUUCCCAUCACUAACUGUGAGGAGCGGUAUGCCCUGUUAUGUAACAAGUCAAGGCUAGAGCGGGUCCGUGAUAUUGAUUGUGGAUCUAAGGUGCGCGUCCAGCUGCGCUCAGGAGAUGAACCUUUACCUGGUGUGGUCCGCUUCAAAGGGUCACUGCUCCCUGACAGAGCCCUCUCUGGAAUCUGGUUUGGAGUAGAGCUACUGGAGGAGGGUCGAGGUCAGGGCUUCACAGAGGGUUCCUACCAGGGCCGCCAGCUUUUCCGCUGUGAGGAUGAGUGUGGUGUGUUCGUGGCCCUGGACAAACUUGAGCUCUGGGAGGAUGAUGAUGAUGAAGCCCUCGGCGAGCUGGAGGUGGACCAUGUUAAUUUGGUGGAAGAUGACCAAGACUACCCUCCUCUGGAAAUCAACUCCAGGGUGCUGGUACAGACUAGAGACGGUCCGGAGAGAGGCACCAUCAUUUUUUGUGAUCUGCUUCCAGGGAAUGAGAGCCUGGGCUACUAUGUGGGUGUCGACAUGGACAAUCCUAUCGGGGACUGGGAUGGUGUGUUUGAUGGGAAGUUGCUGUGUAAUUUUGCCAGUUUGGAGCACACCCGACUCGUCCCCAUCUGUGACGUAAUGCCAGAACUUUCGAUGCAGGACCAAAGGCUGCAAAAGCACAGUUUUGCCCCCAGAGGCACCAGCAGUGACAAGACGUCCUCUGGCCAAAGCAAACCAAAGAGCAAAGGACUAGGCCAUCAGUGUGGCAGUAGAAGCAAGUCUGAAUUUUACUAUACUUUAAAUGGCAGCUCUGUUGAUCCCCCAGCCCAGUCCAAAUCCAAAAGCACAUGGUACAUUGAUGAAGUUGGGGAGGACCCUGCCAAGUCCCUUACUGACACGCCCCCUGACUUUAACCAAUCCUCCCCGCCCUCCAGAGCCCCACCCUCGUCCUCGUUGUCCAGUGACAACAAGUUCCACUCUCUGCCCUUCAGCCUGAACAGGAAGCCCGGGCCCAUAGACAGCAUGAGUCAUGGGCCUCUCUCCCUGUCUGUCCAGUCGGUGAUGGGAGAGCAGCCAGAGCCCCCGUCACCUGUUGCCCCUCCCUCACCACAGCCACCCACGCCUCCCCGUGGACAGCCUGGGCUUGAGGUGGGCUCUCUGGUAGAGGUGAAGGAGAACCCUCCUCUGUGUGGUGUCAUCCGCUGGGUGGGUCUGCCUCCUGGUCUGCUGGAGCCUUUGGCAGGGCUGGAGCUGGAGGAAGAGUGCCCUGGUUGUACUGAUGGCACCUUUAAAGGUACUCGCUACUUCUCCUGCCCCCCCAAAAAAGCUCUGUUUGUAAAGCUAAAGUGCUGCCGGCCCGACUCCCGCUUUCCAUCCCUGCAUCACUCAUCAAACCCCAUCGAACGAUGCAACUCUAUUGCUUUUGGGGGUUAUCUUAGUGAGGUGGUACAUGAAAACACACCUCCCCGCACAGAGAACGAUGGUCUGGAUGUCAUGGUGGGGAAAAAGAAAGGCAUCCAGGGUCAUUAUAACUCCUGCUACUUGGAUUCCACCCUCUUCUGUCUCUUCUCCUUCAGCUCAGUACUGGACACAGUUCUGCUGAGACCACGCUCUAAGACUGAUGUGGAGUACUACAGAGAGACCCAAGAGCUGUUACGUACAGAGAUAGUCAACCCCUUACGCAUACAUGGGUAUGUUUGUGCCACUAAAGUAAUGAAGUUAAGGAGAAUACUGGAGAAAGUAGAAGCUGCCUCUGGAUUUACCUCUGAAGAAAAAGAUCCUGAGGAGUUCCUAAAUAUCCUUUUCCAUCACAUACUGAGGGUGGACCCUUUACUCAAGCUAAGGUCAGCAGGACAGAAGGUCCAGGACUGUUACUUUUACCAGAUCUUCAUGGACAAGAAGGACAAGGUUGGAGUUCCUACCAUCCAGCAGCUCCUAGAGUGGUCCUUCAUCAACAGCGACCUCAAAUUUGCAGAGGCUCCCUCCUGCCUUAUCAUCCAGAUGCCCCGCUUUGGCAAGGACUUCAAAAUGUUCAACAAGAUUUUCCCCUCUCUAGAGUUAGACAUCACAGACCUUCUUGAAGACACUCCUAGGGAAUGUCGAAUCUGUGGAGGCCUGGCUCUCUAUGAGUGUCGAGACUGUUAUGAGGACGGGGAUAUUACAGCCGGCAAGAUCAAACAGUUCUGUGAAAAGUGCAAUACACAGGUUCAUCUCCACCCGAGGAGAAAAACUCAUCGGCAUGGCAAACUGUCUGUCCCCAAGGAGCUACAAGAAGGGACGGGGCGGCAGGGCAGUUUCCCCCGCCAGAGGAUGGAGCUGUUUGCUGUGCUGUGCAUCGAAACCAGUCACUACGUGGCCUUUGUCAAGUACGGCAGUGCAGAUUCCGCCUGGCUCUUCUUCGACAGUAUGGCAGACAGAGAUGGAGGGCAGAACGGUUUCAACAUCCCCCAGGUGUCUCCCUGUCCGGAGGUGGAGGCCUACCUGAAAAUGACCCCAGAGGAGCUGCAUGCCCUGGAUCCUAAGAGCAUCCAGGGCCAGGCCCGACGCCUGCUGUGCGACGCCUACAUGUGCAUGUACCAGAGCCCAACCAUGAGCCUGUACAAGUAGAAUCCUCCUCUCCCCAGCCCCUUACCCUGCCACUCCUGUCCCUCAGCCCUGCCACCUCCCCUUCUCCCAGGGCAGGAGAUUCCCAGAAAGACCAAAAAUGAAAAAUAAACUAAAAGAAGAAAGGCUGCCUGCCAGCAGGGGUGCUGUGUGGAGUUUAACCCUCUUUACUCCAGCUCUCCUCUACGCCUGCUCUUCUCUGAAGGUUGGAGAGAUGGACGAGAGGUGGGGGGAGCCUAUUUGCACUGUGCAUCAGUUAAAGUGUUGUGUUUUUCAUGUAUAGUCCUAUGUAGCUUCCCUGUGUCUCACAGCUGAGCAUCGGUGUUGGCUGAUGAAGCAAAGGUAGGCCUUAUGAAGGUUCACUCCCUGUUCAGGAAGAGAUGGGGGAGAAGAUUGGAGGGAGGGUAUACUCGCAUCGCCACGGUCAACAAAACAUGUUCAACAAAAACAAGACAAGCUAGUAGGAGGACCUUGGCCACCUCAUUUACCUUAAGAAAAGAGGAGUCAUGCUAUUCUUAAUCACUGUAAAAGACAGGAGCUUUCCAUAACGCCACAUUAAGGAAGUAAAGGAGUGCACAAAUCCUCAUCCAAUAUGUGUGUAUUGUUAAAAGAAACUUGUGUAAAAUCUCUUAGUAGCAUAGAAUUCGCCAGGUAGUUACAUCAACAGUAUAGAUGUCAACCUACUGUGCAUUUGCAUCAAGACCAGAGUAUUCUGCUCUUUGUGAACUGGUUUGCAUAUUUCCCAUCACGCUGUGUAAAUGUCUAUUGAGUACAUGUUUUGCAGAAACAGAUGUAGCCAUUGUAAAAGUCUCACAUUUUACCGCAUACUUGCUCGGCCAAUGCUGCACUUUUUGCUCUAUCCCCAAGUGGACCUAUCAGGAAACAUUUAGGUUUUGCUCUUUUUUUUCCUCCCAUUGGAAGUCACAGGGAGUGCUAAUUUGUAGGUUGGGAGACAUCAGAGUUUUGUGUUACAGAAUACAAAUGUGCUUCUCUUCUGUAGCUGUAAAGAACGCUCUGCAUUGCUAAUGCAGGAUAGAUGCCAGAUAAAUGCAUGAAGGGAGACUUGUACAAUGGCUCCUGUUGUAGAGCUGGUUGGUGGAGCACUCCAUGCAUUCAAAGGGUCAAUGAGGUGAAUACUGGAAAAGUCUGCCUGUUUUCUUUCAAAAGGACAGUAUGAUGUUAAGAGUUUCACAUGCAGUGUUUUUGUAAGAAUUGUGAUGAUGACUAAAUUAUAUUUUAUGUUUACAAAGCCUUUUUCUCUCUGCCCAUCAUGGCAAGUAUUGACUCUCGCUGCCUUCCAUGAAGAUGUGACAUGCGAUGUUUCUAGCCACGCACCAGAUAAACCAUUUGUGAUCAAUAUUAUUAUUUAUUAUAUUCUAAUCAUAUUACAAACUCUUGUGUCGUCCCUUUUUGAGAGAAGGAAUCAGGGUUGAUACUGACUAUGGGUACUGCUUGUCCUCUUUCACUGUAUAAUGAAGUGAAUUAUUGUAGUUUAUGCUUUCACAGCAACUACUGAAUGUUAGUGGUGACAUGUUUAACAAUGUAGAGUUAAGGGGCAGGUGAUGAGUAAGGCACAAUGCUUGGGACCUUGGGUAACCACACAUAUAUAAAGGAGAAAAAAUAUAUAUAUACAUAUUUAUAUAUAUCCUUGAUUAAACAUCAAAUUCAAAGAUUACUUAAAGCGUAAAGAUCAUGUCAUGGAUUGAGGAAUAUUUGUCAUUUUUUAUAUAUAUCAGAAAAUCGGAUAAUAGAACAAAUUGCACAAGAUGGCAUCAGCGUUAUAUAUCCUGUUCCUGCAUCACAAUUUAACUGUGGAUUAAGUUGUGGAUCCAAACAAACUUUUGAGGGUUUUAUAAAUGUGGUUUCAGAUUACACGUCCCAUUUUACUCUGAGGUGGUUUCCACUGUCCCUGGGAUCCUGACGGGGGACCUCCCUGUGUGGGUGAACAUUUUUCUGCACUGCUGAAGCUUGUCACUGACUGGAGCCUUGUUCUCUGUGAGAGAAGUCUCAGAACGGAGGAUAGGAAUUUUUGAUUUUCUGUUGCAUCUGUACAGUCGACAUAUGUAACGGGUGGAAAAUUAAUGUCAGUGAUGUUCCUGUACAUGUUAACUAAAUAAAGCCCAUUUUG